UCGAAGUACAAGUGUUUAUUGUAGGUAGCGAGAGACUGUUUCUACAAUUUGACUGGGUGACUUUCUGGUCACAUAACAACAACUUUAAGCGUCGAUUUUCCGGACCACAGCUUUGAAUACUGGCGUGUGGAGUGUCCCUCUUGUGUUCCCUCAUCACACAUCAAGCAACCCAAAAUUGCCGGUCAUAUGAUGGACAUCAGUAGCUGUUGCAUGAAAAUUUGUGUUCCAACUAACGUAACCUGUGUCCAAAAUUCGCAAUGAACGUGCGUAAUCAACACAUUGUCUGUUUAACUGGCUGCAACUAAGCGCGUAUUGACAAAGAGGCGUGGGCAAGUCAUUUUCCCAUGCUAUGAAAUUCAUGCACAUACAGAAUAACUCACCUAGAUAUUGUCUAGCCUUACUCUUCAUAUAAAAUUAUCAAUCCCCCCUUCCUCAUUAUUCAUCAUUCACAACUUGCAAUUUGCAAAACAACUAAUAACUCUUCAUUACCAGAAGUACUCUGCAAUUUCCUUAAGUGUAUCACUAAUCGGUUAACAUACAGCAGACCGCUCAAGAACUACAGGAGGAAAAUAAAUUGUUUGGAGAUGGAAAGACGAAGAGCGAUUUACGAGAAGGAUCUGAAUCUUGAGGCAACUGAAUUAAGAUUAGGUUUGCCUGGACUAGAUGAAUCAGAGAAACAAUCUUCUACCUCAAAUAGUGCUAAAAAUAGCAAAAAAAGACCUUUAUCGGAGAUGGAUGAUAAUAACUCAUCUUGUGUAACCGAAAAUGAACAACAAGAGUACGCUCCUCCUGCACCAAAAGCACAAGUUGUUGGUUGGCCACCAGUUCGAUCUUACAGGAAGAAUAUCGUACAAGCCAAGAAACCAGAAUCUGAUACUUCUUUAGGGAUGUACUUAAAAGUUAGUAUGGAUGGAGCACCUUAUUUGAGAAAAAUUGACCUUAAGAUUUACAAAAGCUACCCAGAGCUACUCAAGGCUUUACAAAACAUGUUCAAGUGCACUAUUGGGGUAUAUUCAGAAAGAGAAGGAUACAAUGGAUCUGAUUAUGCACCAACUUAUGAAGACAAAGAUGGUGAUUGGAUGCUAGUUGGAGAUGUACCAUGGGAGAUGUUCAUCAAUUCAUGCAGAAGGCUUAGAAUAAUGAAAGGAUCUGAAGCAAAAGGUUUAGCAUGCCUAUAGGACAAGGCUUAAAAAAAGGAGUUAUAUGUGUUGCUGGACUCUUUGCCAUGAGGUUCAUGAAAGUACCCUUAUAAUUAUAAAGCAGAAGCUUAUAAUUGGGAUUUUCAAGAAACAUGGAAAUACAUACAUACGUGAUACGUACAAUCGUACAUACAGACGUGCUACAAUGAACAAGACAAGGCUGAGGAUAUUGAUCCGUCUGUGAUGAUGAUCAUUUCAGUUUUGUAACGUUAAUCUUCUGUUGCAUGGAAUAGAUCUAGAUCUACUUGUACAAAAAGUUUUUUCUUUUUUGGAAGAGUUUGAUGUGUAUUGUUUACAAGUAUAUAUAUACGGGAAGAAUACAAAAUGUUAGUACCACGGCA